GCCCCUGAUGCGCACGUGACUAAAUGAUUGGCGGUAAACAAGUUUCUUUGAUUAACUGACCAUUUUGCUGCUCUCUGAUGGGAUCCAUCUUAUAUUUGCCCUGCACUCAACUGAUGCAGUCAUUUGUGAGCCUCUCUCGCCGAGACAAGACGCUGGCGCGUUCGGAGGAAGGAAAGCUCGUUUCUUGCCGUGACCGAGACACCCUCCAAAUGAUGCCGACCCAGCGACACUUGUUGCGGCCCAACUCCAACCUUGGAAUCGCGCCCACGUUGAUGUUUCGUCCGAAUCCGGUCCCGGAAGGUGUCUUCGGGUUCCCGCAGCCGGCCGUGGCCCCAGCCGUUAACCCCGAGAUGGGCAACCACGACUCGCCGGACCCGGGACCCGGCGCCCUACCGGGGGGGAAUCGUCGCCCUGAAGGCUCCCCACCGCCGGAGCUCCAGACCCCCGGCGACCCCGACGCCCUGGCCACGGACACAAGGCGACUUAUCGGCCGCUUUCUCACUGACUUUACCGGCUUGACCACCACGGCCAGUUGGGAGGAAAGUAAAGUCCAUUCGACGAUAAAAAGGGUCGUGCAGAGACUCGUGGAUAAACACAGGCUCGUAUACAAUCAUUGGGUCGGGCUCUAUCUUCUCGACAUCAACAACCCUGCAAUGGACAGAAGAGGGGACGACAUGGCCUUCGUCAGCAAUGUGGCCAGGCUCGAGUUUGCAGACGGGGCCACCAACUGGGGUCGGGUCGCCAGCCUGCUGGCUUUCGCCGCCGUGCUGUCUCAGGCCUUGAAGGAGAUGCGGCGGGAGGGGUGUGUGGCGCUCGUGGCCCAGGAGGUGUCCACCUACCUGCUGUCGCAUCAGCGCACCUGGCUCGUGCAGCACAACGCAUGGAACGGCUUUGCAGAAUUCUUCGAGGAAGAUGACGUGGAGUCGAGAGUGAGGACCGUCCUCGUCGCCUUCGGCGGUUUGGCCUGCAUCUCGGCGGCGGUGCUCCGUUUGCUCCGUUGAACUCUGAGGACGUUUGGCCUAUCACAAUCCCGAGCAACAGCUUCACAAGGAGGAAGUGAUAUGGACCAUUUUUGUACAGUUUGAUCAACAAUGGGAAAGACACAUGCACAAAAUGAAAUGUGUCCAUUUUUUUAUCUCGACAAAUGUCUCCCGUGCCGAAGGAGUGCGCUACGUGUUGUAUUAUCAAAAGGUUAUUGAUGGUUUAAAAUUUGAUGUGUAUGUACAGUAUGACAAAUUGUCUAAUAAACUUUAGACAAAAAUGAA